ACCAGUGGUGGGUUAGAGGCAAAUCCAUCUUUCAUACAAAUCUCCACAAUGGAAAUGAAACAGGGUUGGUAGAAAACACUUCCCAGGAAAGGAGUGCCCGGGCCCUAACUGAAGAUCUCAUCUGGUCCUGGCCCUUUGAAAGAGGCACAGCUUCUGACCCAGGAUAACUAAACUUUGUUUCCUAGCAUGUUCCAACAACCGUCUGAAGUAUCAUAAUGAAAAUCAGAAUCACCACAGCAGACGCUAUUUUCCCCUCCUUUCAAGCUGCAUUGUUUGAAGCACAGUCCUUUUGGAGAAGGACUCUGAUUAGAGUUCUCUUGAUUCUGAAGUGAAGAAAAUUUCUCCUGAUGAAGAAUUAGAGAUUUGUCUAAAUCGAUCACUGCAGGUCCCUGAAUAAAUGCUAUAUAUUCGUUUGGCUUCUUUUGACACAUGUGUUUCAGGCCACAUCUACUCUACAGUGGCCAUUAAUUCAUUGUGGGGUUCUGCAGUCGUGGUUGGGGUAUAGAAAUGAGACGCAUUUAGAAACACCGUUUUGGACCAUAACCUAGAAAUGAUCAAUAGGCUCUUCUCCCCCAUUGGUGGGGAAGUCAGAACACAUUUAUUUGAUUUAGACUGCAGCACAUAUAUUUUUCAGAUUCUUUUUUUCCUAAAUAAAUGAGGGUGAACUUACUGAAUGUUCCCCAGGUUUGGUAAGAGAAUAUACCUAGAAGCGUUCAGGUAAGAGAAAGGCAAAUAGAAAGGCUCUGCUAUCAGUCUCACUUCCAGGUAAUCAAGAAUGAAUUUAACUUGUCAAUGAUCUGGGUUUUUUUGGUAUUUUUGUUUGUUUUUAAAUCUCAGUUAUAUUCUCUUCCUUAGGCUAAAUCAGAGAGAGAUUGGGAUAGCCCCUUAAGUAGUUGGGUAGUCUGUGGGGAAAUCUGUGUUUUGAUGAUGAAAACCCCUGGUAAAUUCAAUCUGCUUGGCUUGCUUUGUGGAAAUUUUCCACAGGACGUGAGGUCUAAGCCUUGGUUUCCCUGUGAAUCCUGAGAUGACACCAGGUGCUUAUCACAAGAUGGCGCCAAUGAGCUAUAGAAGAAGGUAGUGCAGACUUGACCACUGUGAUCUUUUCUCCCACCCUUUCCCCUCAAACCUCAUCUCCCCUGCUUCCAGCUUCCACUGAACAAGGCAGAAAACAAUUCAUGCUACUAUUGCUGGGGAAGGAAAAGAUUAAUGAUGGAUGUCUCUGAAGAAGCCAGCACUGGAAGGAAGCAUGCAUUCUCCUAAAACAGGAAUAGAGUUUGCUGAGUGUACUCCGGGGCCCCUGCCUCCCGCUGCGAGCUCCUUUUUCUGGGGACAGCAGCACCACCUUGUGGAGUACAUGGAACGCCGACUAGCUGCCUUAGAGGAACGGCUGGCCCAGUGCCAGGACCAAAGUAGCCGGCACGCCGCUGAGCUGAGGGACUUCAAGAACAAGAUGCUGCCGCUGCUGGAGGUGGCCGAGAAGGAGCGCGAGGCACUCAGAACCGAGGCCGACACCAUCUCGGGCAGAGUGGACCGUCUGGAGCGGGAAGUUGACUAUCUGGAGACCCAGAACCCAGCUCUACCCUGUGUGGAGGUUGAUGAGAAGGUGACCGGAGGCCCUGGGAUCAAAGGCAAGGGCAGAAGAAAUGAGAAGUACGAUAUGCUGACAGACUGUGGCUACACAAUCUCUCAGGUGAGAUCAAUGAAGAUCCUGAAGCGGUUCGGUGGCCCAGCUGGUCUGUGGACCAAGGAUCCAAUGGGGCCAACAGAGAAGAUCUACGUAUUAGAUGGGACACAGAAUGACACAGCCUUUGUCUUCCCAAGGCUGCGGGACUUCACCCUGGCCAUGGCUGCCCGGAAAGCUUCCCGGGUCCGGGUGCCCUUCCCCUGGGUAGGCACGGGGCAGCUGGUGUACGGUGGCUUUCUUUAUUACGCCCGGAGGCCUCCUGGAGGACCCGGAGGGGGAGGGGAGCUGGAGAACACCUUGCAGCUCAUCAAAUUCCACCUGGCAAACCGGACCGUGGUGGACAGCUCAGUAUUCCCGGCGGAGGGUUUGAUCCCCCCAUACGGGCUGACAGCAGACACAUACAUCGACCUGGCGGCUGAUGAGGAGGGCCUUUGGGCUGUCUAUGCCACUCGGGAGGAUGACAGGCACUUAUGUCUGGCCAAGUUAGACCCCCAGACCCUGGACACCGAGCAGCAGUGGGACACACCAUGUCCCAGAGAGAAUGCCGAGGCGGCCUUUGUCAUCUGCGGGACCCUGUACGUUGUCUAUAACACCCGCCCUGCCAGCCGCGCCCGCAUCCAGUGCUCCUUUGAUGCCAGUGGCACCCUGACCCCCGAGAGGGCGGCCCUCCCGUAUUUCCCCCGCCGGUAUGGGGCCCAUGCCAGCCUCCGCUAUAACCCCCGAGAGCGUCAGCUCUACGCCUGGGAUGACGGCUACCAGAUUGUCUAUAAGCUGGAGAUGAGAAAGAAAGAGGAAGAAGUCUGAGGACCUAGCCCUGGUUGGUGAAUCUCUCUCACCUCUACACAUUUCUGUCUGCACAACGCUUCCUGCUCCUUGUUGUCCAGAUGUGGGCAACUUGUGCUUCGGGGCCUGUAUCUGCAGCCAACGGAAGCCAAAUUCUCAUGGCCCCUCCGUUUCCUGUGGGACCUUAGAUCUUCAGAGACCCUUUUAGAGAUGAAACACAGACAGCCCUAAGUGGCCAGUGCCCUCCUGCCCCAUGGCAAUGAAUUUCAGGCCAAAGACCAUGCAGACCCAGAGCUCUGGACCCUCGUAUGGGGGCAACCCCAGCAAAUGGGCAACAGAAUAUUUCUUGCCUCCGUGUGACUCCGGUGGGGGGAGAGGGUUCUAGGAGAAGGAGACUUUCCACUCUGGCUGUCUCCCUUCUCCCUUUAGUGCCCCGGGGAACAGGGCUUUCUUCACAUCAUUUUGUAUUAUUGCAACAUUUUGCAUUAAAAGGAAAAUCCAUGCUC